UGUGUUUAAAAAUGAUCAUAACCCAACCGCUACAGCAAACUGUCAAAAAAGGUUAACGACGAACUUUGUUCGUCCAAGUUCCCAUUCGUCGAAUGUGUGAUAAUAAUUUUUGUCACGUUCGUACUCGCGUGUUCGCGACAAUGUAUACAAUUUUGAAUGAAACAAUAAUUGAUGUACCUUCAACGAUAUCAUUGUUAUUUGUUAUCGACGUAUCGUUGUACCACCUGUAAAUGUAGAAUUGUUUGAACUCUUACAGUUGAAGUCUGUUUGAGCAAAAUCAAAAAAGUAAUAAUAAUUAUGAGCGAUGUUCAAAAACUUUUUGCUUGCACGUCAUCAGGCUGCAAUAUGAGUUUUACCGAUGAGGAUCAUUUAGCGAUUCAUAGGAAGAAGCACGACAUGGUCUUGAAUCUUGAAAAUAAUGGAAAAAAUACUGGAUUUGUAGCUGAUCAAACACCGACUCCGACUAGAUUCAUUCGUAACUGCGAGGAAGUGGGAUUGUUUCAAGAUUUACAAAAUGUUAAUCCGUUCGAAGAGACUUUUCGAAGAGCCGUGGAAGCAAGAAAUACCGGAACGCUUAGUGUACCGGGAGAGGUGGAAAGUACGGACGAUACUUUGCAUACUCCUCACAUAUUUCCGCAUAUCGCAGAUGUACUGUCGGACGGUACUCACAUUCUCUCUGAAACUAACCAGGAAUGUUCUACUUCUAUAGCAGUCAUAGACAAAACUACGUCUAACGAAAGAUCUUCUGUGGAAACGCAAACGUGUUCCGAUUUAAAUUUACAUUUAAGCGAGUCUCAUCUUAUGAAGGAGAAUACGCUUACGUCUUCCAAAACCACUGCUCUGCACGCAGAGAGUAUUGUUCUGCAACAUUUAAACGUGUCCGUCACUCCUAAAAAGAUACCUCUACAAUCUUCUUCGAAAUUAUCCAUAAAUGGGGAAGAGGUCGAAUUACUGUUGAAAACAGCGGAUGGUAAAUUGAUGCAACUUUCUGCCAAUCCAAUAUGCGAAUCUUCCCAAGCGUCCAGCUUAUCUCCUUCCCAGGUUUCUACCAUCGAACACACAAGACAACAAAGCGUACUCGUGAGAUCUGAAUUUCCUCGUAACGUGGUACCGGUUAUAGAACCGAACAAAGCUCUAUCCUCUAAAAUGACUUUUGCAAAAAUGAAAUUACAGCAGGUUCUAACGAAGAAGGUAAACGCUAUCGAAAACGAGAAAUCUCCCGAAGCAAUAAUAAAACAAAAUACCACUUCUCAACCUUAUGAAAAGGAAAAUCCAAACGAGAGCAUCGAUCAGCAUAAAAAGAAAGAGCUUCUCGAACGUAAUCGUGCUAGUUCGAUGCGUGCCAGAGCGAAACGGAAAGCUUGGAUUCAACAUUUACAAAAAACCGUGACUAACGUUAACGAAACUAACGCAGCUUUGCAAUUGGAAGUAAAAGCCUUGCGUAACGAAUUGACGAGAUUGAAGACUCUCUUACUCGCUCACAAGGACUGUCCAAUAACGAAAGAGAUGGAAAAAGGCAAUGGCGUAGUACUAGGAACUAAAAUAAUAUCGGUGAAUACCGAUUCGAUUGAUACUGCGGGAUCAGCUAAUAAUACUCCUCCGAUAAAAGCCUUGACAACUUUUGUUCCGGACGUAUCGACAAAAAAAUUGACCUCGACAACGAAAAAUCCAAUAAUAUUGCCGAAGGUCGUUGAACGUCCCGUAACAACGACACCCAUUAUCACGAGCGGAACUAUCGUAAAAAAUAUCCCUGCGAUUAAGUUAGUCGAGGUAACGCAUUUUAUAGCGGAAAAGGACAACGAGGCGAAACAGCAGCAAAUCAUGAUCGUACAAAGUCCAACCAUUAGAAGAUCGGACGAGACGAUGCAGCAGCCAAGGAGAAAGAUCAUACGACUGAAUCCUAAUUACGAGAUUAGGCAAACCACGUCGAAAAUAACAACGACGACAACGUGAACAUAUCAACUAAAUA